AGAUGCCCAAUAGGCAGCUCGAGCCCCGACCCGGAAGCACACGGCGAUACACGGGCGGGAGGUGCCGGCUGGCGGGGACUAGCGUGUGUAUGGCCGGCUGGGGCUGUGGAGGAAUGUCAACCUUCAUCCUGUAAAAGACAUCGCUUCUGUGAUACCUUGAUACAGUUCCCUGAAAAUGAAGCAAGAUUCUCUUAGAAACGCCACUUACACUGUGGACUGUGAAGAUUAUGUGCAUGUGAUAACAUUCAAUCCUUUUGAUAGUGGAGACGCAUGCUCCCUCAUUGCAUAUGGUGGCAACAAUUACGUGGUUGUUGGAACAUGCAGAUUUCAGGAAGAGGAUGCAGAAGUGGAAGGCAUUCAGUAUAAGACUCUAAGAACAUUUCAUCAUGGAAUCCGAGUUGAUGCCAUAGCAUGGAGCCCAGAAACUAGACUUGAUGCUUUACCUCCGCAGAUAAGGUUUUGUACGGCAGCUUCUGAUAGGAAGUUAAGGCUAUUUACUUCAGAUCUGCAGGACAAGAAUGAAUAUAAGACAUUUGAUGGCCACUCAGAUUAUGUUAAUGAUCUGGUGUUUGCUCCUAAAGAAGGCCAAGAAGUUGCAAGUGUAAGUGAUGAUCACACCUGCAGGGUCUGGGAUUUGGAAGGAAAUGAGAAGGCCCAUUUUGUUUUACGUUCCCCUGGAAUGAGUGUUUGCUGGCAUCCUGAAGAGGCUUUUAAGCUGAUGGUAGCAGAGAAAAAUGGAACAAUACGAUUCUAUGACCUAGUUACACACCAGGCCAUUCUCUCCUUAGAGUGUGAACAAACACCGCUGAUGUCAGCAGACUGGUGUUUAAAGAAUACGCUCAGAAUUGGAGCAGUUGCUGGAAGUGACUGGCUAAUCUGGGAUAUCUCUCAUUCCAGUUAUCCACAGGACAAGAGACCCGUCCAUGUUGAUCGAGCCAGAUUAUUCAGGUGGUCCCGAGUGAAUGAAAAUCUGUUUGCAACUGUCGGAUAUCCAGGAAAGGCGACUACUCAACUGCUUGUUCAUCACUUAGGACAUCCCCAGCCCAUCCUUACUGGUACUGCAGCUGUAGGAUCUGGAUUGACAUGGCACAGAACCCUUCCGUUAUGUGCAGUUGGAGGUGACCAUAAAAUUUUCUUCUGGGUAACAGAAAUGUAAAAAUUGCCAUUUGCCUUCAGUAUUGAACUUCAGAGUAUGAUAUCUUUUUCACAGCAAAGCAAAGCAUUUACUCUUUGGAUUGGUAGCAGGAUUCAUUUGGAUUCAUUUGCAGGAUAUAAGAAAAAAUAAAAUAAGAAACCUUUUGUGUUUCAUUUUCAGCUUGCAAAUGAAAAAACUAUUCUGAAAUCAGAUACCUAUGUUACUUCCCUUUAAAUAUACACAUUUUUCAACAUGGUA